GAGGAGCCCACAAUCCCAAGCGGGCUUUGUCAAACUGGAGAGUGGUGUUCGACAAGCUUAUCGAUCUGCUCGCGCUGUCCACCAUACAGGCCCGAAUGGCGGACUGGUUCAACGCAUCCUUGUUGCCUGGCUGGCUGCCCUCUGCGGUGGCUUCGGCCACGUGGGAACCUGUGACGCUCCGAGAGCCUGGGAAGCGCACGGCGGCCAAGACCGCGGACUACAAGCAGUGGAUUGCCUCGGGCCGAGCCAAGGCACUUCAGCCUCGGAAAUCCAAGGCGCCACCCAUGGUGAAGAUCGAGGAGUGCGGCCACGCCGCGGAGUUUCUCCGUGGAGCUGGGAACGGGCGCAGCCGAGACAUUUACUGCCUCCAGUGCUGCGGCCGGUGGGACGCAAAUGCGAUGGAGGAGUACCUGGCCGAGGUGGUGAGGACGCAGAUCGCCGGGGCCAUGGGCAGCGCGGCUCCAAGAGUCCCAACAUGCCUUUGCGGCAACGCGGCAGUGCGGCUGGUGACCAAGAAGCCCGGCCCGACCCAAGGCCGGCACUUUUGGAAGUGCGCUGCUCGAGUGUGCCAGUUCUUCGACUGGGACCAGGAGGAGAUCGCGAAGAUACAAGGGGAGAAGCGCAAGGAGGCCGCGGACCGGGAGAAGUACAUUCAGGACCUCCAGGAGCAGCUGCAGCAGAACCAGGCCCAGUACGAGCAGGGGAUGGCAGCCCAGAGGGCUCAGUUCGAGGUAGCCCUUGGCCAGCUCCAGCACGUGGCGAUGGGCCACAACAACUAG